AUGAAGAAUGAGGAAAUUUACGACAAUUCAAGAAAUGCCCCAAAUGGAGAUCCAUCCAUUAAAACGGAGGUGAAAGACGAUAAGGAUGAUUCGAACAUGAACGGAGUUCGAUACGAUUGUAUAGGUAAGGAAGACAAGAAUAGAAGAUACGAUGAGGAAGAUAUGAAGAGCAAAAAUUUCUAUACAGAUAGCAGUCUUAACAACAAGCUAACAUCCACAAUAGAAAGUGAAAAUAACCUGAACGAGGAAUAUAAAUAUGGAUACGAUAAUGAUGUUUUGGCUAGCCAGGAAAUGCAAACUAUUUCAAAAAUCAUGAAAAGUGAAAAUAUGAUUUGUGUGCAAAAUGCUUUCCCAGAAAAUAAUUUAGUGGAUACCAAUCUGCUGCUAAUAGAGGGAAACGAAUCGGUAGGCAUUAAUAAGAGUGAAAGUUUUAAAAGUGUCGACAAUUUAAACACAGAAGAUAAGAUAAACAGUAAUGACACGGAGAAGGCGAGUGAUUACAUGUAUGGCAUGAAGAGCGACAGUGAUGUCAGAAGCGGUAGCAAAAGUUUCGAGGAUAAGGAAGUUCAUGGAGAGAAGAUUAAAACGGGUUCUUUCAACACCUUGGAGGAGUCCAGUAUGGAUGGGGAGGGACGACAUAGCUACCUCAGUGACCAACGUGGUUAUGUUAAUGAUGAAUCAGUUCCAAAUCAGGAUUAUGGAAAGAUGCAGUAUAAAGAAAUGAAGGAAGGUGGGAAGGAGUACCUCUAUUUUGAUAAAAGAGAGAAAGAUGAUCGGGACCUUAGUGGAUGUAGGGGGGUCGACUCCGAUUUUGAUGCGGUAGAAUCGGAUAUAAAUUUUUACGACCAACAGGACUUACGGUUGGGAGUGCAGGAUGGGAGUCGCCUCGACCCGGGGGGAGGCAGAAGUGAGACUCGGAACGAUUAUCAGGACGAAGCGAGCGCGGUCACCCCUCCCGUUGAUCCCCAAAAUACCCUGGAUUACGAAGGCGACCAGAAUCACUACCAAAAUUAUGAAGCACAAAAAAGUGUAGACAAUUUUGAGCAGGAAAUUUCAGACGCACUCCCCUCUCCCAAAAGUGAACAAGGUGAAAAAAAGAGUCUCCCAAAUUUCGAAUCGAAUGUGGUUAAGACAAAUGGUGCAACAGGAAUUAUUGACAAAGAGAAUCCAACAGACACAAUAGGGCACAAUGGUCACAGUAAUGAUAGUGGGUUAUACAGAGACGACAGUAACGCAUGUCUGAGUGACACACCCUGUGCAAACGAUUCACGGGGUGCAGAUAAAAAUGGCAAUGAAAAAGAAGCUCUAGAUGAUGUUACGUGGUGGGGUCACAAAAACGACAAGGAGGACUCCAGCGCGGGGAGUCAGCAAGCGGAAAUAAACAUAGACAUAACUGCUGUGGAUAAAGAAAGUGACCACAUAAAGGGGAACCAGUCGAAUGAGGAGGGUCCUCCUACUGGUACGGAAAAUGACAAUAUGGGAAGCACAACUAGAAAGGAGGGUACUAUCGAUAGUGAUAGUGGUGACCAGAACGAAGGUGCAGAUAACGCAACGAGCUUGCUUGUGGAGAUAGAUAAAACAAAUAAGGACGGCGAAAAUGACCAUCUCGCAUAUGUCGGAGGAGUGGAAACGGGCAAAGAGUUCCGAAGCAGUGAACAAAAAGUAGGUCAUGAGAAGAGUGUGAAAAAUUGCGCAAAUGAAAAGGGGACAGAGGAUGGAAAGAAUUAUGGGGAGAAGACUGGUGAAGAUGUGCUGGUGAAGAAAACUAUGUGUAGUGCCAUUCCGAGCGAAGGAAGUAAUACGGAGGAGUUUUACAAUUACGUGAGUGUUUCUGCUCCGGUGAACGUGGAAAACGAUUUGGGCGUGACGCGGAUGAAGUCCUCCAGCGAUGAUGCAGAGCAGGAGGGGGAGUACGACUCGAACGUGACUACUUUGAAUAGCCCCCCGAAGGAGGGCAGCAGGGGGGGAAGCUGUGGCGGAAGCGAUGGGAGUGGCGAUGGGAGCGGCCAUGACGAUGGUGGGGAUGAUGCCACUAAGCAGGAGCAGGAAGGAUUGAGAGACCCAAAUGAGGAACCUGUGAGGAGUAAGGACAACGCGAGCGAAUUCAAAGUGACAAAGUUGAGCAACACAAACGGGAAGGAUAACAAGGACAGUCUGUACUCCUACAUGAAGGGAAGCAACGCCAUGGAUGAUACGAUCACUAGCACGAUAAGUGACAACGUAAAUGAAUACGAAUUGGUGGAGGAUGGCAGUGAAGUAAAAAACGAAAAGGAAGAACUCAAAAUUAAGUCGGAAAAUGUCCAAAUGGAUAGUGCCUACCACACAGUGGCCAAUAAUAAUAAAAGACGAAGAGAUAGUUUCACCAACGACGAAAUGAACAAGGAAAGAAAAUUAAACAGUCAGAAUGCAUCCCUCUAUGAUCCCUCCUGUGCAUCUCCUGAGGAGAAUGUAAAUAAAACCCUCAUCGAACAUGUACAUGUCGAAUCGUAUGAGGAACAGAAGGAAGAAAAGACAAGCUACGAAAGUUAUGGCAAAGGUGAACAAUAUGUUAACCACCAACAAGGGAAUCAAAAUAAACCGGGGAAAAAUUUUGUAAGUUAUUCAAAGGAGAACCUUGAGGGUGGGGUUAUUUUCGUGAACAGGGAUAACAUGAUUAGUGAUUCCUCAUAUGACAAUGGGAAGACCUUUACACAUCAUAGAACAUUUGACAAAUCGAAUGUAGUGGAAAAAGUUGUGCAGGAAAAUGUGGACACUAACGGUGCAUAUGUAGCAAGUGACCCACAAUCCAUUGGUGAGGAUUCAGAUGCGAAUUGUAAAGAAAAUAGAACCCAUAAUGUUAAUGACGUCAUAAUUGAGGAUAACUCAAAUAGUUAUUCAGAGCAUAUUCAGGUGUCAGGAAAAAGUGUGAAGGACAAGUGUGAUGAAUAUGCAGAUAUGGAGAACGAAAAUAAUAACCUGUCUGAUGAUGGCAAAAAUUCUAGUGAUGAUAACAUGGAGAAAAAGGACUCAACUCAGUUUGAUGCAAAUGACAAGAAGAAGGCUAAACCGGACAGUGAGACAUUAUUGCCAAUAGCGAAUAUAAGCAGAAUUAUGAAAAGGAUUUUGCCAGCAUCUGCUAAGGUGGCCAAGGAAAGUAAAGACAUAAUACGAGAGUGCGUCACGGAGUUUAUACAGUUCCUGACCAGCGAAGCCAGCGACAGGUGCCUGAGGGAGAGGAGAAAGACCAUCAGCGGCGAGGACAUUUUGUUUUCCAUGGAGAAAUUGGGAUUUAACGACUACGUUGAACCUCUUUAUGAGUACCUCACCAAGUGGAAGCAACUCAAAGGAAUGAACAACUCUAACAACUGCCAAGAGAAGAAAUGUGAAGGUUCAAAGCCCCCGCUUGAGGAAAACACGACAAUGAAGAAAAGCCUAAGCGACGUUAACAUGAACAACAAUGCAAUUAUGAGCAAGGGAGCAGACAAUGUCAUGCUCACGAAGGACACGGACCAUUUGAUGAACAACAUGUAUAGAAAUCCGAACGAAAUUUUUGAAAACAAUAUAAACCAUAUGUAUUAA